AAAAUUUUUCAUAUUUGCUGCUCAAUUAAUUAUUAAAAUAAUUAAAGAGUAAAGCUAAAAUUAUGAAUAAUUUGGAUUAUCCGCGACGUAAUGGAGCACACAAAGUUCGAAUUACAAUAUUGUGUGCCAGAAAUCUAGCGCGCAAAGAUUUAUUUCGCCUUCCUGAUCCGUUUGCUAAAGUGCAAGUUGAUGGUACAGCCCAAGUUUACUCUACGGACAUAAGUAAAUCUUCACUAGAUCCAAAAUGGAACGCACACUACGACCUUUUUUUAAGUCGUGGAGAUGCAAUAACGAUAACUGUUUGGAAUCAAAGAAAAAUACACAAAGGUAGUGGAUUUCUAGGCUGUGUGAGAAUUCCAGCACCAACUAUACAAAGUUUAAAAGGAGCAGGCUAUCAACGUUUGGAUUUAAGUAAAUUAUCACCAGAUGACGAUGAAAUCGUACGUGGUCAAAUAAUAAUUGCGUUGUUAUCCAAAGAUGGUCCUUGUGGUGGUAAUCCGCUAGCAAUUGUCGGUCCAAGCGGCGAUGUGCGUGGACCAUCAGAAGAUGAUUCAUCUGAAGAUAGCUUACCAGAGGGCUGGGAAGAGCGACGAACUAGUAAUGGUCGUGUAUACUACGUUAAUCAUGCAACUAAAUCAACGCAAUGGGAUAGACCAAGUACGCAUCAACAUUAUCCACGUGCCGCUACGAAUGGUAGUAAUCUACAGCCAGCAGGACCAACACGUUCAACAACUUGCACAAAUUUGUUAAACGGUCAUAGUAAUAGAAGUACGCGAGAUUCCGAUGAACGAAGACACUCAACGGAAAUAUUGUCAAGUACAACGACACCCACAAAUGGGACCAAUAUUAGUAACAGUAAUGCAUCCAAUUUAGGUAAAGAAAAUUGUAGUCCAACAAGAACUGAAAAAGAAUCUACGACAACGACACCCAGCACAAAAAAGACAAAUAGCCGAAUUCACCAGACGUCGCCGCCAUCAACAACGAAUGUUACAAGUCCAAGUGCUAAUAACGUAGAAAAUUCUCUUACACCGCGCACAAAUAAUGACAUUACAACUCCACAGAAUACACGUUGUUUACAAAUUAACGAAAAUCAUACAAAAACUCCGAAACACAAUACACAUCUACAUCAUUCACAUGGACCAAUAUCACCAGUUACUAACGGACAUCAUAUUGAUGUAAAUACCUCUACAACGACUACAUCAUCCACUUCAAGUGCUACAGCUACACCACAACGUUUACCAAAUCAUUUACAAAACGCUCAAAAUUUGGUUAACGGUAAUCCAGGUAGUGCAAAUAAUCAGACUGCUCAACCGCAAUCUGCUCAUACGAACGGUUGGACUAACGAAAAUGAACAAUUAUCUUUACGACAUAGUCCAACUUCGGGAAAUGGCAAUUCUGUUAGUAGUAAUAAUGGUGUACAAAGUCCAAAUGCGAAUUCGAGCCAACAUCAAACACAGACAUCAGGAACACCCAGUAAUAGUAAUGGGCGAGAAAGAGAACGGGAAACUCGUGAUAAUCGUGGCCAUUCAACGUCAACUUCAAAUUCGUCUAAUGCAGCUGGAAAUCCACAACGUUCACAAAGACGUAGUUCUCGCAGCACUGAUGAAUCUUCGCGAAGGCGAUCAUCACGUGGUUCUCGUGGUGGAAACGGUUCGCAUCGCUAUGCUGCAAUAAAUGGUUCUAAUCAGGGCACACGUCCGUUUAUGGACUUACCACCGGGUUAUGAAAUGCGUACAACUCAACAAGGUCAGGUCUAUUUCUAUCAUAUACCUUCUGGUGUCUCUACAUGGCAUGAUCCACGCAUACCACGUGACUUUGAUACACAAAAUUUAACACUAGAUGCGAUUGGACCACUACCGAGUGGUUGGGAACAACGUAAAACACAAUCAGGUCGUGUAUAUUUUGUUGACCAUAACAAUCGCACAACACAAUUUACAGAUCCGCGUCUAAAUGGUAAUAUUUUACAAAUGAUACGUCGUGGUGCUAUACCUGCAGGUGUUGCGCCGCCUGGAAAUUCUACUGGUGGUUCAGUUACAACAGGUAAUGGUACAAUUAUACAACAUUUAUCACCAGCACAAUCACAUCCCUUAUCUGGUACAGCUGCAAGUAAUAGUCUUGGAAAUGCAAAUACGCCAAGUCAUACACAUCAACCAGUACCGCAUGUACACCAACAUACACCAAUUGCUAGCCAACAUAGUGCGGUGCCUGAUUUACCACAAGGUUUGCUUGAAGGCGCCGAUCUACUACCUAAAUAUAGGCGUGAUCUAGUGGGCAAAUUGCGCGCACUACGUACCGAACUGCAGGCAAUGCAACCACAGUCGGGUCAUUGUCGUUUAGAAGUGUCGCGUAGCGAAAUCUUUGAGGAGAGCUACAGACUGAUUAUGAAAAUGCGUGCAAAAGAUAUGCGUAAACGUCUUAUGGUUAAGUUUAAGGGGGAGGAGGGACUUGAUUAUGGCGGUGUUGCACGUGAAUGGUUGCACUUAUUGUCACGUGAAAUGCUUAAUCCUCAGUAUGGAUUAUUUCAAUAUAGUCGUGAUGAUCAUUAUACUUUGCAAAUUAAUCCAGAUUCUGGUGUUAAUCCUGAGCAUCUGUCGUAUUUUCAUUUUGUUGGGCGUAUAUUGGGUAUAGCAGUUUUUCAUGGUCAUUGCUUAGAUGGUGGAUUCACUACGCCAUUUUACAAGCAAUUACUUAAUAAACCUAUAACCUUGGGUGAUAUUGAAGGUGUAGAUCCAGAAUUACAUCGCAGCUUGACUUGGAUGCUUGAAAAUAACAUAAACGGCAUUAUUGAUUCCACGUUUAGUGUAGAAAAUAAUAGCUUUGGUGCUCUUGUAGUACACGAACUGAAACCUUCAGGUGCCUCUAUACCGGUGACCGAAGAGAACAAAAGAGAAUAUGUAAAACUAUACGUAAACUACAGAUUUAUGCGUGGUAUUGAGCAACAAUUUUUAGCGUUACAGAAAGGAUUUUGUGAAUUGAUACCAAAUUAUUUAUUGCGGCCAUUUGACGAACGCGAAUUGGAAUUGGUUAUUGGUGGUAUAUCAAGUAUUGAUGUAAAUGAUUGGCGUAAUAAUACGAGACUAAAACAUUGUACACCUGACACACUGCAAGUGAUAUGGUUCUGGCAGGUUGUCGAAUCGUAUUCAUCCGAAAUGCGUGCACGCUUGCUGCAAUUUGUAACUGGCUCAUCACGUGUACCAUUACAAGGGUUCCGUGCUCUGCAAGGAUCCACAGGUGCACUUGGCCCAAGACUGUUUACUAUACAUUUGACAGCAGACGUGCCCACACAAAAUUUACCGAAAGCGCAUACUUGCUUUAAUCGUAUUGAUUUGCCACCUUACGAAAAUUAUCAACUGCUCUGUGAUAAGCUGACGCAGGCGGUAGAAGAAACUUGUGGAUUUGCUGUAGAAUAAAUAAUAAAAGACAGUGUUUGUUAUUAUUGUAAAAAGCAAUCAAACAAAAUUUGUUAAAAGAAAUAGAU